AUAAAACCCAAGCGAGGGAAAGGCAGCGGAUUUUGUUCAAGUGAACGCUGGAACUGAACGUGUUGUGGCUUCGUAGGAAGAGAGGAAGUGCCAGCUGGAGAGUGCCAAAGGAGGGUCAAGGAGUGUCAUCUAUUUUCUUUUUCGCUUAAGUCACAGGCUGCUGGUUCAUCAUGACAGCAGCAAGGCUCCUGGGGGUGAUGGUGGCUUUGGUAUGCAGCCUGGGUGUUGAAGGCCUAGAGAAUGGGUUGGCCCGCACACCUCCCAUGGGCUGGCUGGCUUGGGAGAGGUUCAGGUGUAACACAGACUGUGUCAAUGACCCACACAACUGCAUCAGUGAGACGCUCUUCAUGCAAAUGGCAGACAUCUUGGUCUCACAGGGCUACCGGGAAUUGGGCUACAAUUUGGUUUCCCUGGACGACUGCUGGCUUGCCCGAGACCGCGAUAGCAGAGGCAGACUCCAACCUGAUGCCCAUAGGUUCCCCUCAGGCAUCCCAGCCCUCAGUGACUAUAUGCACAAACGUGGCCUGAAGUUUGGAAUUUAUGAGGAUUAUGGUAAUUUCACCUGUGCUGGAUACCCAGGUAUUCUUGGACACCUUCAGAAAGAUGCAGAAACCUUUGCUGAAUGGGGAGUCGACUACGUGAAGCUUGAUGGCUGUUACUCCCAUCCUACAGACAUGGACAGAGGGUAUCCAGAAUUUGGAUAUUUUCUGAACAAGACUGGACGGCCAAUGGUCUAUUCUUGCUCCUGGCCAUUCUACCAGAUCUACUCGAAGAUGAAGCCAAACUACAGUUCUAUCAUUAACACCUGCAAUCUAUGGAGGAACUUUGAUGAUAUCCAAGAUUCCUGGGAGUCUGUUCAGAGGAUCAUCGACUACUAUGGUGACAACCAAGAUGAGAUUGUGCCAAAUGCUGGACCUGGACACUGGAAUGAUCCCGAUAUGUUGAUUGUUGGCAACUUUGGGCUCAGCUAUGAGCAGUCCAAAUCUCAAAUGGCAAUGUGGGCCAUUUUUGCUGCCCCAUUGCUCAUGUCAGUAGACUUGAGGACAAUCAGACCAGAGUACAAGGCCAUUCUGCAGAAUCAAGCUGUAAUUGCUGUUAAUCAGGAUCCUCUUGGCAUUCAAGGAAAGAGAAUAUACAAGGACAAGGGCAUCGAGAUUUGGGCUCGUCCAAUUUCCCCAAUCUCUCAGGGUCACUAUUCCUAUGCUAUUGCUUUUCUGAACAGACGAACUGAUGGAACACCUUCAGAGGUUUCUGUAACUCUGCGAGAGUUAGGUCUUGCCUUCCCUGGAGGAUAUGCGAUAACAGACCUGUUCGAUGGUGUCCAGUAUGGAACAGUUCUACCAGACAAGCGAUUCAAGGUAGAUGUGAAUCCCUCUGGUGUCGUGCUGGUGAGAUGUGAGGUUGUGAAGACUACUGGAUUUGGCUCCGAUGUUAGAGCUCCAGUCAAUCCUGCUCAGCCACAGAGUAAUUUCAGGAACCCUUUUAACAACCAGCUGUUUAAUCCAUUUGGAUAACAAUGUUGUGUAGUUUAGGUUGUUAUUACACAAAACUCAUGUGAAGGUCAUUCCAGUAUCUAUAGCAUUUUUUCAUAUCUUUUCCUCCCCUCUUUUCAUAAAUGAAUUGCUUAUUUAUAGUUGCAUUUGCUAUGAAGUUUGAAAUGGUGUUCACAGGACAAUUUUGCAUUUUUAAGUUCUUAGAUCUUAAACUCCAGAUUUAUUGUGAAUUCUUUACAAAUGCAACAUGGAUCUCAUUACCUUGCAAAGAAAUUGAUACCAUUUCUUACAUACAAUAAUUAUGAUUUUUCAUAAAGUAUCUAAUCCUUUUAUGACAAAGGCUGGAGUUGAGCAUCAAAAAUGUUUUCAUUUAUGGUUCAACAUGUGUUAACACUAUGAUAUGUGUAAACUACUUAAUACCACAAGUUUUAUAUUAUUGUGUGAUUCCAAACUUAUUUCUUGUGGUUGUAGUUACUCCAUUCUUUAUAUAUAUUUGCAAAUAUAUAUAUUUAUAUAUAUAUAUAUUUUUUUUUUUACAAAGAUGAACAAAUAUGGUUAUAAAAACUGUUGCAUUUUUGUCUGUUGGUAGUCCUUGUAUGAUAGUUUAUAGUGUGAUAAAUGGUGAUCCAUAUCUUAUAAAUGGAAGCUACAAAUUCUGAGAUACACAAAUUGCAAGGUGCAUUUCUUGUUCAUCAGAGCAUGAAGAAUAACCCUUAAAGAUUAGUUAGUGAAUUCUCGGUUUCAAUACUACAUUGAUGUUAUGGGCAUGUUAACAUCAGCAGGUAAAUUUUUUACCUGUGCUGCUAUAUGUGGUUUUGACAUUUUAUAUUGUUUGAUAGUUUCAUUUGCAUUGACACUGAAAAUGUUCACCUGUAUUUUCAUUCAUUGUUAUUAAUCAAUAUUGUAAACAAGUUGAGACAUUUUAUCAUUUGUAUUAAUAUUUAAAUUUGCCUCUUGUCUUUGACAUACACACCUUCCAUGUUAUGUUUAAGUACAAGUAAAUAUAUUAUAAUUCA